AACACACACCUACCUCAAAACAGACUGACAGGCACUUGUUCUAGCAGGAGUGAGCUGUAGCUGGAUAGCUAGCUACCACGACACAAGGGCAGCACAGGAAACUAUACUAGCUCAUCCGCCCGUUCACCCACUGACAAGUCAGAUCACAAAGCUCAUUCCGUCACUGGAUGUUUCUGUAGUAAUACAGGAUAUUUCACAACACCGGCGUUAGUCGGUAAGACUGUUGUUAAUCAUCGUUUCCCAACGUGAACGCCGGAAUGGCGUUCAUGGAGAAGCCGUCUGCGGGAAAGAUCCUGCUGGACGACACCGUGGCGCUGACAGCUGUAAUCGAAGCGAGUCAGAACCUUCACUCCCACACAGAAUACAUUAUUCGAGUUCAGAGGGGUGUUUCUCCUGAGAACAGUUGGCAGGUCAUAAGAAGAUACAGUGACUUUGACAUGCUGAACAAUAGUUUACUGAUCUCUGGCCUCAAUAUGCCCCUUCCGCCCAAAAAGCUGAUUGGAAACAUGGACAGAGAGUUCAUUGCAGAGAGGCAGAAGGGCCUGCAAACCUAUCUGAACUUCAUCACGACGCACCACAUUCUCUCCAGCUCUGAGCUUGUCAAGAAGUUCCUGGAUACCAAUAACUACUCCUCUAACUACACAGAAAUUGCCCUGCAGCAAGUUUCCAUGUUCUUCAGGUCUGACCCCAAGUGGGAAGUGGUGGAGCCACUGAAGGAUAUUGGGUGGAGAUUACGAAAGAAAUACUUUCUAAUCAAAAACAAAGAUCAGCCCAAGGAGCGCCAAGUCUUAAGCUGGGUUGACCUGGGUCCUGAUAAGUUCCUGUCAGACAAAGACCUACAGUCUGCGAUGAAGCUCCUCCCCACAGUAUCAAACUCUUACAUUUUCCCAGUCACCUUUGCCACUACCAGCGAGUCGUCUGCACUAGUGAUCCGAACAUACAAUGAAAAAGGGACUCUUAGAGAUCACAUAUGCAAGGUGAAACCAAAAGAACCUUUCUUGAAAAAGUAUUGCAACCCCAAGAAGAUCCAAGGCCUGGAGCUCCAGCAGAUCAGAACUUACGGGAGGCAGAUCUUGGAGAUCCUAAAAUUUCUGCAUGAUAAAGGAUUCCCGUACGGACACCUCCACGCGUCCAACGUCGUGCUGGAGGAUGACACGUGCAGACUGCUGGACAUAGAAAACUCUCUGCUUGGGCUGCCGUCCUACUACAGACCCUAUGUAGCACAGUUCAGGAAAAUCAAUACCACAGAGAGCAUCGAUGUGUAUUCCUUCGGACACCUGCUGUAUGAAAUGGCGUAUGGGAGACCUCCGGAUUCGGUGCCAGUUGAUCAGUACCCUCCUGCUCCGUCCCCAUCUGUGGUGAUGGUGCUGCAGUCUAUCCUGUCCACUGAGGCUUGUAAAGGUGGGAUGCCCACCGUUGCCCAACUCUUGCAGACACCACUGUUUAGCGAUGUGAUGUUGUGUAACUCAGAGAAGCUACAGUUUAAGAUCACCACCAAAUUAAAGGAUGCCCUGAAAACUGCCAAAGAGUGCUUGGAGAAACGGCUGCAAGAGGAGCAGAAAAUGAUCCACCAGCACAGGCGACUGACUCGAGCUCAGUCUCACCAUGGCUCAGAAGAGGAAAAAAAGAGGAGGAAGAUCCUGGCCAGAAAGAAAAACAGGCAGUCAGCUUACGAAAAUGAAGAAGACCUUUCUGCAAAAUAUAACAACAAUUCUGGUUCAGGAGCCAGCUCCCCCCCAACGUCCCCCUCCUCCCCCACCCCUCCUCCCACCACAGGGAACCCGCCGCCGCCGCCUCCGCCCCCUCCCCCUCCACCACCACCGUGUGAGCCGGCCCAGACCCCGUCACCCCCCUUGCCCUCUGUGAAUGGCGUGGGCCGAGGCGCUUUGCUCAGUUCAAUCCAAUCCUUCAGCAAAGGGAAGCUUAAGAAGGCAGAGACCAACGACCGCAGCAUCCUCCACUUGUGAGGGACACGUUACAUUGAAUUACAUUACAUGACAUUAAGCAGAUGCCCUCAUCCAGAGCGACUUACACGGCUUGCAUUUCACACACAGUCCAUUUAAACAACUGGAUAUUUACUGAAAAAAUUUUGCUUAAGUACCUUGCUCAAGGCUACAACUAGCACUACCCCAGCUGGGAAUCAAACCUUCAGCCUGAGUUGCAAGUCCCAAACCUUUUACUUGAAUUACAAGUUCUGUUUCCUAACCAUUGUACUAUAUUGCUGCCCUGCACAUUUAUACACUGCUCCUGGGGUAGGGUUUACGCAGUGAUGGCUUUUUCUCCCUUUUAUUUUAAUGCCUUAUUUUUGUUAUUUGUGUUUUUUAGUGCAGUCCCUUUGGUUUUGGUUUGCUGAAGAGUGCUGCUUUGGUUGUUUCCCCUCUGACUAAUCAUGCAUUGUUCUCACUGGCUACAUUUAAGUGCACCAGGCCUGUGUCAUCUUGGUUCAGAGCUGCUCAUUUAUUAGCAUUUUCUACUUUGUUAGGACAUCUAUUUCUUACUACAUCAGAGGUCAGCUUCUUACAGUGCUCCAGAAAGACCAGUUAUUAAUACAGUGCCACAGAGAAAUGCUCGCAGGUUUACAUUUUGUGUUGUAGUUGAGGGUGUUGUUCUUUCCUUUACGAGUGCAUGCUAUUUGCAAUAAUGGAAGCCUUGUUUAGAAUUCCCAUGAAGCUGGUAGCCUACAAACGACAUGUAAAUUGUAUUGUGGUGACUUAUUCAUUUUGAAUCUUAUUUGUUUGAGGAAACCAAGGGGGAUGUUCGAUAGUUAGUCACAGCAAUACAGUGAAGGAGGUUUCCUGGCUGUGUAUGACUACGUUUAGCUCCACAGUACAUUGUUAGCCCAGUGCCCAGUCCUAACAGUUCCAGCCCCAACAUGCUGGCUGCUUUUUCAAUGAGAGCCUCCACACCAAGCUCCUCAUUGUCACACAGUUUGGGGAUGUGCCAGUAUUCAUGAAAACAAAGACUUUGGAAUCCCCGUUUGCUGCACACUUGAGUUAUGAGUGGCCCGUGUGUGCCACGGUCCACAGUGAACAAAAAGAAUAACCCCAAAUUCCUGAUUCCACAAUAUCAGAGUACACACAGGAACAUCUGAACAGCCUGGUUUUGGCAGUGAGAUGAGGGAGACUGGAACGAGUGCAGGCCAGCCUGGCUCGAGUCCUCAAAAUAGCCCGUCAGGAUAAGGUUAGAGGUGUGCUAAUGUACAAUACAUGGGACAAACCUGGCGUUGUUGAUUAAUAGCCAGCCAGGCCACUGUAAACCCAUCAUUACAUGUUCCCACCUGAGCUCAUCAGGUAUUUCAUGGAAGUAUUUAAUGAGUGUCUCAGAUUUUGAGGUAGAGGAGAUUCUGACCGUAGCAUCGCACAUUGGUUUUCAUACAUUUGAUUUCUGUGUAGUCCAACGAGCAAACAUUUUGACAUUUAUACUAGUAACUAUGCUUAAAAUGGCCAUCUAGGUCUGCAUUAUCGAGCAGUAAGCAGUAAUUCAUCUUUAAUGAAGUAUUUUACCCAAAAUACCCACACAUACUGCUUGUGUGUGCAGUUUUUUGUACUGAACAAUCGAGCACAAAGUCAUUGGCACUUACAAAGACUAGUAAUGAUUGCUUGCUACAUAUACUGUAACUAAAUACUCUCCUUAUUUUUAUCCCUCUGUAUCUAUUAUUGCCUGUUGAAUAUGCUGGCCUUUAAAAGUGUAAUUUAUUUUCAAAUAGAAAAAGUAAUAAUGCAUUUUGAUUCUUUGGAGAAUCUAUUUGCUGCAGUGCCACAUCUACCUUAGUGCCUAAGAUAUUUUUUCUAAAGCAUCUUUAAUGUAAUUGUUGGCUGUAAAGAUCCUAUUUAGACCAUUCGGUAAAAUGCAGUUAAGAAACAAAGAAAAUUCUGUGUAAUUACUGUGCAGAGCAAAAAAGGGCAAGUAUGCAUUUCUCUCUAGCACCAUCUUGCCAUUAGAGAGAGGAGGACCAGCCCUAAAACUAAUAUACGGUGUCAGGUCAUAACACAGAGAACCUGUGUGCAGACAGGCUUUUUAUGAAUAUGGACUCUGCAUAAAAUCGGUGAAAAGUAACUAGAUGCUGAUUUCCUUCAUUAGUUUUUUUUCCCAUGACCACACCGCGGAAAAUGCUGAAAACAAACAUUAUGGCCCCCAUACAGGAUUUAAAAAGGUCUAGAUAAUUGUAUAUUGGUUUUCUGAAAUGUGCCAUCAUCUUAUAUUGUUUAAUGAUCCCGGUGGGUACCAGAUGGAUCUUCUUAUCUGGUUUUUGAUUAUGUUAUACUGGGGGGGAAAUGCAGGUUAUGUGUGCUUUUGUGGUUUCAAAAAUCAUUUUGCAAUCAUUUUUUUAAAUCAGGGCAUUUGCACAGUUCAGCUUUGGAAGCUUAGUUUAUCUCUGCCUUCUGUGAUCACUUUGUUUUGAUGAGCAAGUUGUUUGAAACCUAGUGUGAUUUGAGUAAAGGGUUACGAUUGCUCUUUGAACCAAAUAUCUCAUAGUUUCAGAAGCUCAUCUAUGUUGCUUAAAUACUCUAAAUCUCACUCUCACACAGCAGUGUCUAAGUAGAGUACAUCAGUCAGUGCUUUAA